CGGCAGAUAUCAAAGCAUACGGCUUGAACUCCAGAUCCAAACGAAGAGCUUCGUUCCCCAGUCGAACCAUGAGGAUACAACAAAUGCUGAAUCCGCUCUGCGGCGACCACCAUGGGUGCGAGAACUUAGAGCUGCCAACACUGCCCUCUAUGCCUCGUCUGACGGCCCCGAUCACUGGCCCAAGACGACAGAAGGUGCCUAAAGACGCCCCGGUAUUCUCAGAAGGCAACAAAAUCAUUGGCCAUCUCAACUACCCGCCCUACGAGGCUGGAGACGACCAUGACCUUGCGGCUCAACAUCGCAAGUUCCAGAUUUACCCGCUGGGAGAAAUUCAGAGGAAGGGUGUUAGGCAUAUCCCAUACAACAGCGAUAAGAAAGAUUUCCUGGACAAGACAGGACGCGAUGCAUUCGAGAUGUUCCAGUACACUUACAAGAGGCCUGGUGAGGAGAAGGAGUACGUGGUUGUCUGGGACUACAACGUAGGACUGGUCCGUAUGACGCCCUUCUUCAAGUCAUGCAAAUACUCCAAGACAAUACCGGCCAAGGCGUUGAGGGAUAAUCCUGGGCUGAAGCACAUUAGCUACAGCAUCACAGGAGGCGCUCUAGUAUGUCAAGGUUAUUGGAUGCCGUACCAAGCUGCCAAAGCUAUAGCAGCGACCUUUUGUUACGACAUCCGAUGGGCACUGACGCCUGUCUUUGGCAACGACUUCCCCUCCAUGUGUGUUCAUCCGAAGAGUACCAGUUUCGCAAAGUUCGUCAUUGAUCCGACAAUCGUACAAUACUGUACUGAACAGACGAACAAAUUCCGCAUAGAAGGCGCGUCAUAUCGUAUCUUGGGUUCCAAUCUCUCGUCACCUGUCGCAACACCUCAGCUGCAGUUUGGAUCUCCACCGUGGGAAGCAAAUGUGUUGAGGCAACAUUAUGGGCGGCAACUAGAGAGCGAAAGCGGGUAUGGAACUGAUACCGACCGAAGCGACAGAUAUCUCUUCUCGCCACAAGUGUCUCCGCGCAGUCAAUUCACGGCUGUGAAUAGCUUCAGGUCACUGUCUCCACCGUCUCCCCGGACAAACACCACUUCUUCUACCUUGGGCUCUCCAACCAACGCACAGUUUCCUCCUCGCAUCGUCCUGCCAACUUCAGUUCCGGACGGUUACUACGAGGAACAUCUUCGAAUGAAGCGGACACACUCCAAAGUAGCGUUCAGCGACAACUGCGAUGACGAACUACCAUCUCGUCCCCGAACAGCCGCGACUGUCAAUAGCGAUGGCGGUUACGACACAGUGAAUUUUGGCGAGAGUGGACACACGCAGAGAGAGAUAGAUGCCGCCGAGCACCUGAUGAUGCUCAGUGCGAGUGAUAAGAUGCUGCCGCCACCGACAAAGCGAACACGUUGUGGUUCCAAGUACUGA